AUGAGCGAGAACGACAGCGACAGCGACGGUGGUAUAUCCCUCCGAGACGACCAGAAGCCUUACGAGGGACUCGUAGAAACUUCAGUAAAGCUUCGAGAUCUCAUGAGCCGCAAGCUGUCCGAUUACCAAGAUGUUGGAGCAAAGAUUGUUUGCAUGAACAAUUUGCUGAAGGAGAUGGAUCCUGAUUACGGCGACCGUAAGCAAAAGCCUUAUAAGAGAAUCAAAAUCACCUACAGAGAGUAUCCGAACACUGGCGAAGAGAUCAAGGCGGGGAAGAAGGAAUACGAGGUUGCCGUUAAGGUGAAACGCCCCGGAUCGUCUCGCCGAAUCACAUUGUCAAAAAGGAGGCUAGACGAAGCUGUGGACGGAGUGCUCAGCGCUGUGAAGGAAGCGAGAGAAUGUAUGACGUGA